UUGAAACAAAUAAAAAGGCAGCAUUACUUGCGUAAAACCCACUUUAUUACUUCACCAUCCUUGUUUAUUCUUCCUUCUCUCUUGUUUCUCUCUCCUGAUCAGUCCUCAAGCUUUCUUCAUACAUACCCUUAAUAACUUGAAUUCUAAGUAUGAUUAUUAUUUAAUUCUCCCUUUUACAUUUUAUAAAUCUGUUUUUUCAGCUUUAUUAUUUCCAUUAAUAGUGGUGAGUAAUGAUAGUAUAUAUAUAUAUAUAUAUAUAUAUAUAUAUAUAAAUCCAUAACACUUGUCAUGUGUCUGACCUCUCCUACAAGCUCAGUAUCAUAAAACCAGCCAGGUGAUCGAGUAUUGCUAGUCUGGUUUCAAAUAUUAUUAUAGAAGUAAUUAUUAAUUAUUAAAAAGUAAAAAAAUAUUUUUUUUUUAUAAAAAAAAAAAAAAAGUAGAAGAAUGGGACGGCAUUCUUGUUGUGUAAAACAAAAGUUGAAGAAAGGAUUAUGGUCUCCCGAAGAAGAUGAGAAGCUUUUUAAUCACAUUACUCGUUUUGGCGUCGGUUGUUGGAGUUCUGUCCCUAAACUUGCUGGUUUGCAAAGGUGUGGUAAGAGUUGUAGGUUGAGAUGGAUUAAUUACUUAAGACCAGAUCUUAAGAGAGGAAUGUUUUCUCAAGUUGAAGAAGACCUUAUUAUUAAUCUUCACCAAAUUCUUGGAAAUAGGUGGGCACAAAUAGCAUCACAAUUACCAGGAAGAACAGAUAAUGAAAUCAAAAACUUCUGGAAUUCUUGCCUCAAAAAGAAGCUAAUAAAGCAAGGAAUUGAUCCACAAACUCAUCAACCUCUAUCAUCUAAACCCCAACCCAAAAACACCACUAACACCAACACCAACACCAACACCAGCACCAAUAACAACAACAAUGUCAACAAUAACAACAAUAACGACAAUAGCUUCAAAAGCGCGACUGAAAACGACAAAAUUACGCGAAACAUUAAAAUCGAAACUUUAUUUCCUAUCAAUAACAACAAUGUCAGAGCAUCAGCUUUAAUCUCAAAUGAUUGGAGUCCACACAACACAUCAGAAUUAAGCAACUCGAAUGCUUCAGUUUUCAGCAGUUUAUUACAACAACCUGCAUCUACAUUUGUAGGGACAUCUCAGAGUUAUUUAAGUCUUUUAAGACCAAUGAUUGAUGCAUCACAAUUACAUCAAUACAUGGACAUUCAGCUGCCAGUAUGUACCAAUUUUAAUGGUAAUUUGGAGAAAGAAAAUUUGGGUUCAGAAUCUUUGAUAUUCAAUGAAGGAAAAGAAUGUUCUAGUAGCAGUAAUUCCAAUAAUAAUACUUCUAAUAUUAUUAUUACUAGUUCUAUUAGUAAUAAUAAUGGAAGAUUUUCUUGGGAUGGUCAGUCAGAAAAUUUCCAGUUUCCUGUAAAUUAUGGUGGGUUGAUCAAGAUGGAAGAAUUUAGUCAUGAUCAAACUAGUUCAUGGGAUGAACAACAACUUAAGUCAUUUUCAUUGCCUGAAGAUUUAGUGACAACAAGUGGAGGAAAUUUUGAUUAUUUUUUGCAGCAAAUAUCUUGAACUUUAGUUAAUCCCUCUGUUUCUUUGAUUUUUGCUACGAUACAUUCAGAAAGUCAUCGUUUUAAUUUGUAUAAAGUAGCAAAUUCAAAAAGACAGACUAUAGAAGAAAAUAAGUUAGUGCGGAGAAAGAUACAAUUAAAGUGGUCUUGUCAUUUUAUGAGCUUUUUGGUUACACCUUGGAUUAUAUUGCUGGUUUUGGAUGAAGGGGGAGUGUAUAUGCUAGCUCACACGGAAAAAAGUGAUUCGCCGAGUAAAGUUAUACAUAGUCAAAGAUUAAGGCUUUGACAUUAUUAUCAUGUCUGGUAGUAGGAGUGUGAGUCACUAAUUCCUAGCUAUGAAUAGAAUUCCUAGACGAAUAAUUUAUCUAAUACAUGAUUUUCAAGAGCAGGUUCAGUUAUUAUCAUAUAUAUUGUGUAUUAAUUAGUUUUAAGAUAAAACCUCGACAAUAUAUAAACAGGUUGGCAUGCAUAAGAUGGAAAACGCAUCAUUCAAUUGGUGUGCUACUAAUGUUAUUUAUCUCUUUACAAGGACUCUACUACUAGAAGUUCUUGAAAGAGAAUUUAUAGUACUAAUAGAAUAGGAAAAAAGAAAACAAAUUAUGUACUACUACUAAAGUUUUUUUUUACUUUGAAUUUUUACUAUUUUUUGGGGUGAUUGGGGGUAAUGAUUAUUCAGUUAAAUUUCUUAUUUCUUUGUCAAUUGGUGGAUAAUUGUUGAUUUUGACUUCUAAUGGUGAGGAAGUCUUAGUCAAGGUGUUUUUCUCAUUUGUGAUUGUUUAAUGCAUUCUUUUUCUUGGAAAAUGAUGAAUAGAAAAAUAUUGUAA